GUUCUGAUCAGUUUUCUCGCUGACGGACAGAUUUUCUCUUAUUUAAUUUGCUCUUUAUUUCGAAAAAUGUUCAUUGGAAAUUAUGUAAAGGAGGCAACCUCUCUUUCCUAAUUAAAGACGAAGUUUAAAAGUUCAUCCUGAAGAUGUGUACUUAAUUGAAAAAGGAAAAGAGGAUGAAGACAUAACAACCUUGUUAUAAUUUUCCAUAGCCCAACUGAUAGUGGAUCUUUUUUUUUUAAAGGAAGGAAAAAUCCCCCUGAAAGUUAGCAUGACUUUUCAGCAGUGCAGACGUUCGUGAAAAUUACUCAGCUAAUCUUUCAAUUUACUUUCACCUCCUUCGAACUAUGAAGUUGAGAUAGCAUUUAUUUGUAUUUAUUUUACUGUGACUGAUUGUUCUUUUUUUUUGUCAAGUUUUUCCAAACUUUCACUAAUUGUUGGUUGUGUCCUUUAAUAAACUGGUUAUAGACACUGUUACUCUGUGAUCAAAGAUGCCGGAAGUGAAAGUGAUCAAUUUUGGGGCUGGACCAGCAAAACUACCAGAGGAAGUUUUAUUAGAGGUUCAAAAGGAGCUUUUGAACUAUGCAGGAACGGGAAUGAGUGUGAUGGAAAUGAGCCACCGAUCUGCGGACUACUUAAAUAUCAACAAUAAUUGCCAAAAUUCUUUAAGGAACUUACUAAACAUUCCUGAUAAUUAUCACAUAUUGUUCAUGCAAGGGGGAGGAACUGGACUUUUCGCUGCAGUUGCUAUGAACCUCAUUUCACGGACUGGAUCAGCUGAUUAUAUUGUGACAGGAACAUGGUCUAAGAAAGCAGCCAAAGAAGCUGCAAAAUAUGGCAAAGUGAAUCUAGUACUUCCAGACACCAAAAUAGGUACAAUUCAGGAUCAAUCAGAGUGGAAGCUCAGCCCCGAUGCAUCCUAUGUUUACUACUGUGAUAAUGAAACUGUAGAUGGUGUUGAAUUUCCUUAUGUACCAGAAACUGGAGAUGUUCCUCUAGUUACAGAUAUGUCCUCAAAUUUCCUAACAAGACCCUUCGAUGUAUCAAAGUUUGGUGUAGUAUUUGCUGGUGCUCAAAAGAACUUUGGUCCGUCAGGAAUUGUAGUAGCUAUUGUGAGAGAUGAUCUCCUUGGAAGCGCUUUGCCUUUCACUCCAUCAGUAUUCGACUUUGCUCAAAUUGCUAAAGAAAAUAGUGUUCUGAACACCCCACCAACAUUCCAAGUAUACACCAUUUGGCGAGUGUUUGAAUGGAUCAGAAGGAACGGUGGAGUCGAGGGCAUGCAAGAAAGAAGUAGGCUCAAGAGUGGAAGUGUUUAUGAAGCAAUUAGGAACUCUAAGGGAUUUUAUGAGAGUCCCAUCGAUGAAAAUGUCAGAUCUCGUGUUAACAUUCCUUUCAAGCUCAGAGGUGGAGCGGAUGCAGACGCCGAGUUUCUCAAAGGUGCUUCUAAGUUAGGCAUGACACAACUCAAAGGUCACCGGUCUGUGGGUGGAAUCCGUGUGUCUCUCUACAAUGCCAUCACGCUUGAGGAAACUAAACUAUUUGUUGACUAUAUGAAUCGAUUCACCUCUUCGUACAAGAAAUAAUAAAAAUCUGCUCACCGACCAUUAUGCCCCCCUUAUUUUAAAACUUCUGCUCGCUUAAUUUUGCAAAAAAAGUAAGGGAUAUCAGAAUAUAACUCUUAAAAAUUCCUCAAAGUAUUUAAUUUGCUCUGUGAGUACAUUUUUAAUAUCAUUUGCAAUUUUUCCGCUUGUAAAACAAGUAUCUCUCAGUGAAUAUAAAUUUUUAUUGUGAGUCA